AUGGCUCCCACUCUUACAUCAAAUUCAUCUCUCUUAGCCACGACGCCUCAUUCAAGGUUGAGCCUCCGUAAUCCAAGGGUGAGAGUGUUUGCUAAGAAGUCUGGAUCAUUCCCAUCAUUUGGGCUAGGCAAACCCAAAGACGAUUCUUCUCCUGAAGAAGGAGACACCUCAUCCAAUUCCAACCCCUUUCGUUUGAACUUGGGAAAGUUACCCGACGUAACUUCCUUGAUCCCUGUUCCAACCAACAACACUUCUUCUUCGCCAGGCUUUUCAUUUGGAAACCCAAGGCGCAAGGACCCUUCCACCGUCUUUGUCGCUGGCGCAUCAGGCCAAGCUGGUAUUCGCAUUGCACAAACGCUGCUUAGGGAAGGUUUUAGUGUACGUGCUGGAGUCCCCGAACUUGCUUCUGCACAAGAACUCGCUCGUCUUGCUGCUCAAUACAAGAUAAUAUCAAAUGAACAAGCAAAGCGUCUGAACGCUGUGCAGUCAAGUUUUGAGAAUGCAGACUCAAUAGCCAAAGCAAUAGGCAACGCCAGCAAGGUGGUUGUGACCAUUGGUCCCACAGAGAAUGGUCCAACCGCAGAGGUGUCCACAUCAGACGCCUUGCAAGUGGUUCAGGCCGCACAGCUCGCAGGAGUAGGCCACGUGGCAGUCAUCUACGACGAGACCACCGCCGGAGCCUCUACCUACAACGUACUCGAUGGCCUCUCCUCCUUCUUCAACAACCUCUUCUCCCGGUCUCAACCGUUGACCAUUCAAGAGUUCUUGCAGAAGGCGAAGGAAGCGCCAGUGCAAACGACUAUAAAGUAA